AUGAGUGAGAACACGACGCGCGUGGUAGACCGCGAAAAAACACUCAAUGCUUUCUAGAGGCAAGAUUCUCCGUCGUCCAGAUGAACACCAAUAGACGGUUGAGAUUUAACCAACCGAGUCGAUUGCUCAGCUCGGGUGAGUCAGGUAUAGAGAACGAGCGAGUCUUGGUUCUCGUCUUCGAGUCCAUCAGCUGGAACAUCCACACGCUAUGCGCAAUCGCCUCACUCAGCCGCAGGUUUUGCGCAAUCGCCAGACGAAUUCUAUGGCGGCGGCUCUGCGUGAACCGUGCUCCGGGGAUGGUGGCGGCAUUGUCCGGCGCAGAUCCCAGCUGGCGAAUCGACGGCGGUUGGCACGCGUUAGCGAAGCUCAUGUUCUUCUGCGGCGGUGGCGAGUCGACUCGGUAUUUCAAUCUGAGUCAACCGUCGCUGGGUCACUUCGCAUGCGAGUCCAGAUUCUCCAAGACCUCCGGCAGAUUCUUCCUUCCGAAGAAUUGCCGGCGUGAUCUAUUAUACAUAAGCGAUCCCUGCGAGCAUCACGCGGUGGGUGGAGACGAGCACUUGGGGGUUUUCAGAGGGGUGUUUCGGGAAUUUAUGAGGUCAAAGACGAGGGAGUGCCUCGUGAGAAGACAAGCGGCGCUGGAGGAGAAGGUUAGGUGUCCGUAUUGCGGAGGGCGCGUGUGGAGCAUGACGGCGGCGCGUCUAGUACCGAAGAGCGCAGCGCGGAGGCUGGGAUCACGGGAAGGUGGGUUAGAGUUUUUCGUGUGCGUGAACGGUCACUUGCACGGAACCUGCUGGCUCAUUCCGCUUUCGUCUUCAGACGAAGAAGAGAAUGGUGAAGAGGAGGACAACAGUGACGGCAGUGUGAUCUAGUCCAAUGGUGGUGGCGUUUUGUCCACGUGGAAUUAGGUCUCUUGGCGGGGAAUUUUAUGCAAAAACCACGGGAGGAGAUGUCAGUCAACUAGAUUCUCCUAUGACAUGUGGAGCUCACUAGUUGCCCGGAUGAUCGAUGAUGUGGAUCGUGAGAAGAUCUUCUAGCAUACACUCUAUACCUAGUACCUACUAAGCUUAAUACUGAUUCGGUUGGUUUUAGGUUUAGAUUAUCUUGGUACACUCUCUGAAUUUUUGUUGUAAAAUUAAUUAUUGACUGGCCAAUUAGUUUGGUGAAGUUUAAAACAAAUCGAAAACAAUAACAUUGACCCC